UUCGAAUGAAACCACUUCCCAGAGGACGAUAUCUUGCUUCAGGAAUGAGUAUAACCCGAACGAUCUUCUUGACGUACAUAAGUGCCAUGGCUGUGCCUCAAGCGUGCUUGUCAAUCUACGUUAACGACGACUUACUCUUAUAUGAGAUAGAAGUAUACAUCAGUUCAGCCUACAUAUCCAUGAGACCCAAAAUCCUGAAUUUUGGAGAAAUAGACGUCGGAACAGCUUCAGAACAGAUGGGAGUUCAGUUGAGUAAUUGUGGACAUAAAGGAUCAUCGUUUGUGGUGGAUUUAGGCAGAAAUGAUCUGGAAUUGAUAGUCCAUCCGAUGAAGGGAGUUAUUAAGCCAUCAGAAACCAUUGAAAUCAGAGUAGAAAUUUUGGGAACUCAAGAAGGAACAUUUUUGAAAGAGUUUUGGAUCAAAACAGAGCCCCCUCAACGAGUGUGGAUCACAGGGACGUUUAUACGGGCUGCUCUGGUAAUUGAACACCCACUUCCCAUUUUCGAUCUGACUCUGAUAGAUUUUCCAAAAACGUAUUACGGAGCACAAAGCAAGAGAACUCUGGUUAUUGAAAACAACAGUUCUACGGCUAGUAUGUUCUGUACGUUGGCAGAACAACUUAGGGAAUAUGUUUUUCUUGAGGAAGCCAGAAAGACUGACGACAAUUUGAAAUGUUUUUGUAUAACACCGAGAGAAGGCAGAUUGUCAGCAAAGCACAAAUACAUUUUGGGAGUCUCAUUCAUUCCACAGAAAUUAAAAAAGUUUUCACAGAAUUAUUGCAUGGCGUUUAUUCGAAUACUGAAGGUGAACUAUAGGGAUGGCCUUAUUGAUGAUAAAGACAUUGAAGUGAAGACGUUUGCUAGCUCUGCAGAGUUAGACCAAUACUCAAUCGCCUCUUUGCACGAAGUCGGUAGUUUUGAUACAGAAGAACUGGAAAUGUCCAAUGGCUUCCUCAGGGUUUGUCUCUACGGAGAAAUAGAAGAAGCAGCAGUAGAGCUCACGCCAAAUGCCAUCGAUAUAGCUCACCUCCUAGAGGGAGAAACAUGUAUUCGAACAUUCAACAUAAGAAAUAAAUCGAUGAGCUUGCCAAUUAGUUUCAAAUACGACAAAAUUGCUUGCAUCGAAUUAGAGCCAGAGGAACCGACGUUGAAUCCCAACGGAAAUAUCGACGUUUCGAUUGUGAUUAGACCUACAAGGAUUGGUGUGGUGGAACAGAAAAUUAUGUUGCAAUUGCUCUACCGAUGCGACAACGUUUCUUAUGAAGUCGGGAAAUCUUUCAUUUUCCUACGCUACUCUACCUCCUCAAACCCAACGUUAUCUAGGUCGAUGAUCAAGCCCAAAUUCAAUUUGGGAAUCACUCCAGCUAAUGCAAAUGAAGUUGGGUUCUUGGUCGACGAUACAAGGUACAAUUCCACGAUCAAAAAGCCCAUCAAAGCAAUUGUGGAUGAGGAUUUUGAACGUUUCAACAAAAAUAAUGCUAAUUUGAUAGCUUUUCCGAAUGAUAGGGCGGGUAGUUUACGACCAUGGCGAUGUGACGUUCCGUGUACUACAAUAUUCGCCAAUAUUCCACGAUAUGUGAAUACUCAAGACAAAUAUAUUUUAUCAAAAGCUGAGUUGGAGAAGAAGCAAAAUGAGAAGUCAUAUUAUUUAGAGUAUUUGCGAUCGACACACACGAAAACAGAAACAAGUGAAUCACCUGGUGUAGGACCGAAAGAUUAUGAUAACUCCAACAAAAAUUCAUUAUUGAUGAAGAGAAAAUGGGUGUAUAAUACUUGCUCCAAACUUGAUUUCAGAGAUGAACGUGUUUCUCUGUUUAUACCGAUGCCACCAGAAGAAUUAUUAAAUAUUCAGAUAACGCCAAGAUACAUCCAGUUGGGAAAGAUAGCUCCCUUUACGUCUUGUUCCGAUUACUUUGCUAUUGAGAACAAGAACGAGUUUCCCAUAAAUAUAUCAAUAAGGGCUCUCAGCAACUCGGUAGUCAUAAAAGGCAAAAGACGGAAAACCAUUGUAGCUCACAAGACAGAGAACAUUUAUUUUGACUGCUACUCGCAUGGGCUUGGCAAAUACUAUGUUCCGGUUUAUAUAAUAGUGAAUGACUGCCACAUAUUCGAUGCCACAGUUUUUGCCGAAGUAGUUCCUACCACCGUGAAAAGUUCCCAGAAAGAAAUAAUUAUAUGCCCGCGAAGUCAUUCAGCUUUCUUCGAAAUGCUCAACCCUGUCAACUGCAACAUCGACUUCAAUUGGGAAAUUCAGGAUGCAAACUAUAAAAUCGAGCCGCUCUUUGGCGAUGUUCCACCAAGAAGGAAACUGAUUUGUGAAAUCAAGUUCGCUCCUCAAAUGGACGCUAUUUUCACAACCGAAAUUUACCUCCUAUCUCAAAGUGGGGCCAAGGAAAUCAUCAAAGUUGUUAACGAAAAUAAAAAAGCUGAGGUUCUAUUCCACACUCAGAAUCUCGAUUUUGGUGAUAUACCGUUGAAUUCUGUGGUGACGAGAAAACUGAUACUGAAAAAUUUUUCCGAAGAAGCUGUUAUAGUGAAUUUAACGAACCCCAAUCUGAUGAAAGGUGUGAAAGUCCAUCCAACAGAAGGUACUUUGGGAGCACAUUCCAAUAUUAUCUUCAGAGUGUCCGUUAAAUUCAAAGCCGUAGGUAAUUUCGGAUGUGCUCUGGUCUUCAGGAUUCAGGACGAAUAUAUCCAUAGAGUCGAAGUCACCGGAAAUAUCUGUUACCCGAAGUUUUCCAUCGAACCAAAGUUCAUACAGAUACGUAAAAUAGAAACAGGGGCAAUACACAGACGUAUCUUCAAGGUUACCAACGCUGGCGUCACGAAAAACUCGAUUUCGUUCUUCUUCCUGAAUUUUCCCGAGUUUUCCGUCACCGACAUCGAUAGGCGACCCAUUGAAUCGGGGAUUGAACUUGAGCCCAACGAAUCGAAAGACCUCUAUUUGGAAUUCAAGCCCCACGAACCGACAGCUUAUUCAUUAUUCUUCCCGUAUAUUCUGAAUGGUCUUAUUGGACCUCCUGUCUUGAAUGACCCUAGAAGUUUGGACCCCCGUCAUUAUUUCAGUGAGGUUGAAGGGCUGCAGAUUUCUCCUGAAUGCCCUAACACCGUACCUCUAGUCAGAGUGAGAUGUGCAGCUGGAGAAGCCCUCUUCACGUUUUCGACUCUGGAUUUGACAUUUGUUUACCGACAAGAAAUUUGUCAGAGUCACUUCGAAGUUACGAACGUGUCAAAUUCUGUGCAUGUUUUGGUUUUAUCAGUGGCGGAGGUGGUGAAACCGUUCAGUAUUGCAGUUGAGAAAUGUGACAGAAGUUCCUCACUAAGUAGCAAGUAUCAUCAAGUAGAAUUAGGGCCAAAUGAAAAAGUCGAUUGGGUAGUCAAUUACGAACCAACCGAGUAUGGACAAUCCGAUCUAUAUCUGCCAUUUGGUAUUGAAGCCAUCAAGAAUGGUCCGUCCAAUUUUCUAAGGCUCUCGGGAACUUAUCCUGAACCCAAAUUCCUCUGCGAGUCAAAAGUAUUAUACCUGCAAACGAUUCCUGCUGAAGAAUGCAUCUCCAAAGGGGUACGUUUUCAACUGCUGAAUCAUAAAGGAGAUUGUUCAAUAGUUUCUGAGAUAACUCAUCCCGAUUUGACAUCGAUAUUCGAAGAGAGACCCACUGUGUCUGAAGACGAGUCAGAGCUGUUCAUGUGCGUAACGUUCAGGCCUCAAAGUGAAUGCACGGUAUCUUCAGAGAUAAAAGUCAGUUGCACGUGUGGUACAUCGUUGGAAUUGCUGGUUAAAUGUGCUGCUAAGAACUGUAGACUGUUGUGCUACAACUUUUAUCUAGAAGAGAAAUUCCAGGAGAAGAAUGAAAGUUUCCCUUAUUACCCUUUUGACACCACUAAUGAAGGCUUUUUGGAAGGGAUGGAUGCCAUUGUGGCCAUCGUUGAAAAGUUUCUUUACAGCCAAGGGUUUUUCUAUACCGAUUUCUUCAAGAUACCUGAUGGUAUAUCGAUGUAUCCAUUCGGAAUUUAUAGGGAGAAAGGAAAAACUAGGUCUGUUAAAGAUGAAAAGACCAAAAAGAUAUCAGAAAAUCUGCCGUUGGUUCAACUUUUGAUCAAUUUGCUUGAUGAUUCUGUACUUAAUUAUUUCAGAUAUGGGGUGUCCAAACCAAGUCUGAACGAUUUAGAGGGAACAGUAUAUGAUUACGGAAUCUAUAAGGAUAUGAUGAAAUUCCUCAAUAUCAACGACAUUUUCGUUCAACAACUGAGGCCAGAACUCUUGUUGACAUACGAAAGAUAUGUUGUUUUCAAAAACCGCUUAACCGAUAAGGAUAACUGUAUAGGUCAAUCUGAAUCUCUCCUGCCCGAAGAGAAAUUCCAUUCUCUGAGUAAACAAUGUUGGGUGGACCUCUUGCUGGGAAUUUAUAAGGUAUUUGUGUUCGACCGAACCUUACAAGUUGGGAACAUCAAACCGAAACCGUGUUCGACACCAGAAGUCUCGAUAUAUGCGAACGAAUUUGUUGAAUACUAUGAUAAUAAUAUAGGUUACUUCCAAAACUGCAACGAAAAUGAGGCGAAACUUAUGUUAUGGCUUGAGUUUCACUUCAACAACCAGAAGAAAUUAUUAUGGCCGAAAAGCGAUAUGAAACCACGUAAGAUCAGGUCAUUAGAAGAAGACAUUAAGGAUGGUUUACCUUUCGUCACCUUGCUUUCUGCGUAUUGCCCGUAUAUAUCUGACUUUCUGAGAGAGUCGUACAGCAAUCCUACUUCAACAAGUCUGCUUUUUCACAAUGCAUGUGUAGUAUCAGACUCAUGCACUAAAUUGAACCUUUCCUAUGCAAUGGAUCCACGUAGGAUAUUUGAACCAAUUGGCGUAGAGAUUACCAUGUUUGCAACUUAUUUGUAUGGGGUUCUCCCAAAUUUCUACCCUUCCGAAACAAUACCUAUAAAUUCGCCUCUUGGAGAAACCGCAGCCAAUGAAAUAGAACUGAAGAAUUGUGGAGCUGUGCCGAUAGCAUACCAAAUCAGUUUAUUCUUGAACGAAUCCGAAGAAUUCGAAAUUAGUUCAAAUACUGUGAUAGUUAAUCCUAAGAAAAUAAAAAAAAUCAAAGUGGAGUAUACUGCCAAGAGUUUCCUGGAAUCCAAAGCAGUUCUGGUCCUAUCAGGGGAAACGGAUGGUUUCAGAUUUGCGAAAAGUAAAGCCGUUAACUUGAUCGGUAUCCCAGACAUUUUUCACUUCACAGAAGAAUUCAGUAUCAAAACAGAUAUGUACAAGCCAGUAACGCAUUACUUGGUCAUUUGUUCUCCCUACGCCAGAAGUUACAUCGCGGAAACUUACUUCUACAUCAAAACAGGAGGCGAGUCAAGAUGCCUCAAAGAUUUUGUGUCGGUCAGUUCACUGAAGAAAGAUAAAGUACCCAGGCAAAUUUGUAUUGAUGACUGUUGUGUCUUCGAUAAUGAAGGAAAAUUUACGUUGACUUUGAAAUUAUGUUUCGUCACUUGUGGACUGUAUGAGCAUUAUAUACAUUUCUUGAACAAAGAAGUCGGAGUUUUUUGCAUAAAAUUGUUGGUUGACUGCACGUUAUCGGAUAAAACCAGAGACGACCUGGUUAUUGCUCUUCCCACGAAUUCAUUUGGGGAUUGCAAGUGCAAAAAUGGGGUGAUGAAUUACCUUUGUCCAAGGAUCAUAUAUUUCGAUAUUCCCUGUCGUAACAAUUAUCUGCUUGAGGGAUUGAGGAAAAUGAUUGAAGUUUGUGCAGAUUCAAACGAGUAUAAGUUCUGGGAGGAGCAUUUAGUAUACCCUAAAGGAUUCCGCAUACUAGGAAAGUACCUGGAAAAUACAUUCGAUGAUAACUUGAUUGAUUUCAAAAAUGUACUGAACCAGACGAUUUCCUUCGAUACGAAAGUUAAAGGAAAAAAAUUUUCCGUAGUUCCAUCCUUCCUCAUCCAUGAUGUUACAUGUGGAGGAGGACAUAAAAUAUCAAUUCAUUGGAAUGUCGACGAGAUUCCGAAGAAGGAAAUAUUGAUAUUGACAGCUGCGCAUGGUCAAGAAACCAGACGGUAUCAACUAUUUUUUAAAAUGAAGUGAAUUAUGUCGUCUAUAAAUAAAAUAAAUGAGUACUGUAUUUA